UAGUCGAUUUAAUGAUGCUGGUGAUAAGCAAUCAUCAGAUGGUAUUUUGACCAAAGUCAGCAACCAUGUUGGGGGAGAAGGACAAGGAGAGAGAGAGGGUAAAUUUGUGGAAAAAAAAAAAAGCCCUGGGUUUGAAUUCAGAGGACCGGGGUUGAAAUCCUAUCUCUGCUGCUUAUAAAUUCUGUGACUCUAUUGCCCUGGACUUUAGUUUCCCUAUCAGUUAAAUGAGGAAGUUGGAUUGGAUAAUAGAUAAAAUCUGGAAAUCUUCACCAUCAAAGAAAAAAAAAUGAUUCUAUCAGGCUUGACCAUGUUAUGUCAGAGGAGAUGGGUCCCCACCCCUCUUGGGCCAUCCCACCAGUGACUGGGAAAUGAGAGGAGGUGGCUUUCUUUUUUUUUUUUUUUUUUUUGUUUUUAAUGCUUUUUGCAGGCAGCUGCUGCAACAGAGCUCAUAGAACAGGUGGAUCAGCAGGAGAAGUGCUACGAGUGAGGAAGGAGUGGGCAGAGGUGAGAAUUGGUGAAACCUUUCACCUCACCUGCUCUACCUAUAGCAGAUAGACUGUCUCAGCUGGAGCUGCAUCUCGGAGCUAACAAGUCUCCGCCUGGACAAACAUGAUACCCUCUGAUUUCAUGACUAGAUCUGACUAUAACUUCACUACACCCGAUUAUUACAAUUACAGUGACAAUGACAAUUACAAUGACUUCUGUGAGAAGACCGACGCCAGACGGUUGGCCAGGUACUUACUUCCACCCUUCUACUGGCUUAUGUUUGUGGUGGGAACUUUAGGGAACAAUCUAGUCAUCAUUAUGUACUGGUAUUGUACAAGAGUGAAGACCAUGACCGAUGUGUUCCUGCUGAACCUGGCCAUUGCAGACCUCCUCUUCCUCCUCACUCUGCCCUUCUGGGCUGAUCAGGCUUCUGACCAGUGGAAAUUCGGGACUGUCAUGUGCAAGGUGAUCAAUGCGACACAGGAGAUGAACUUUUACAGUUCCAUGCUGUUCAUCACGUGCAUCAGUGUUGACAGAUGCAUCGUGAUUGCCCAGGCUUGGAAAGCCCAUCUCUGGAGACGGAAGAGCCUUCUCUACAGCAAAAUGGUGUGUUGUGCUGUCUGGGUGAUCGCGAUCACCCUGUGUAUCCCAGAAUACCUGUACAGCCAAGACAUAGAACAAUCCGAAGCCAGGUUCUGUACAAUGGUCUACCCCAGAGAAAAUGACAAGCUCAAAUCCGUCCUUUUGAUUCUAAAGCUUAUUCUGAGAUUCUUCCUCCCGCUCAUCAUCAUAUUCAUUUGUUAUACCAUUGUCAUUCACACUCUGCUACAAACCAAGAAGUCAUCUAAGCACAAAGCCUUAAAAGUCAUCAUCUUGGUUCUCACCCUCUUUGUCUUAACUCAAUUUCCUUACAAUAGCAAUAUGAUGCUGCAGAUCAUUGAUUCACUCAAGAAGUUCAUUUCGGACUGUGACAUUUUCACCCAGAGUGGCAUCCGUUUCCAGGUUACUCAGACCAUUGCAUUCUCCCGCAGCUGCCAGAACCCAUAUAUUUAUGUUUUUGUGGGUAAAAAAUUCCGCCAGGAUCUUGUAAAAACCUUGAGGAAACUGGGAUGCAUCAGCCAGUCCCAGUGGGUCUCCUUCACCAGGAGAGAAGGGAGCCUAAGGUUGUCAUCCAUGAUGCAAGAGACGUCAUCCGGACCCCUCUCCUUCUAAGAGAUCUUCUCUAUCACCAUCCUGUCCUGUGUGGACUACCUGACUGGACCAAGAGGCAACCAAAAGGAGGAAAAAGAAAAAGAAGCAAGAGAGGAAAACGUAAACAUCCCUUUGCUAUAAGUUAAAAGACUUCCAUGAUUCCACCUGCCUCAACUCAGUGUUUUACAGAGGAGCCUGGGAAAUAGUCGACUCCCAGUGCUAUCCAUUAUAGUUUCUAUGUAGAAUUCAUCCGGUUCUUCCUGUUGAAUUGGAAACUGCCACAUUUCACCUCCGACUAUAAAAUUCAUUCAAGCAUUAAAGCAUUUAAUCACUGACCACUACCAUAGCAUGGAAUGAUGUACUUAAGGUAGCAAAAGAUUUAAUAUCACUGUAUUUGUCUUGGGUUUUCCUGUUUCUUUUCUUUCUGACUGUUCUGAUUGAGAAUCGGUACAAAUUUAUCUGCUCCUUGAACUAAUUUCCUUCCUUGUACAGUAUAGUCUGGGCACAUAAGUGUAGAUGUAAUUCCCUUUCAAGUUUCAUACUUGUUCUAGGUCAACAGAAGGUACAUUUCUUUUAUGGUGUUUUCCACUUAUUAGGUGAUUCAAAAUAUAAAAUCAGUAAUUUUCAUGCUAUGAAAUUGAAAAUCUUUUACAUGAGCAAAAUGUAGCUAAGAUAAGAAGAAAAACAUUCAACUGGGAAAAUAUUUGCAUAAUAUAGUUUUGAUGAAAGUAUGAUAUCCAAGCUCUGAAGACAACUAAUAGCAAUAUGUGAGACUGAAAGCCAUUCUCUAAUAGAUAAUUGAUUAAAGGAUAUAAACAAGUAAUUCUCCAAAAAAGAAUUGCAACCAUAUGAAAAAGAGAUCUAAAUUAGUAAAAGAAAUGUACAUCAAACAACUCUGAAGUUUUAUUCCAUUCUCAUAAAAUUGCCAAAGAUGACAAAAUAUGGGAGAUAAUUAAUGUUGGGUUGUGGGGAAAAAAGGUAUACAAGUACAUUGUUGGUAGUUGUAUGAAUUAGACCAAACAUUCUGGACAAUUUGGAACUAUGUGAAGGGAAUAAUUAAUAUUUUAACCCUUUUAUCCAGAGACUCCAUUGCUAGACUUGUACUCCAAUGGCAUUUUUUAGUAGCAAAAAACUAGAGUCAAAGUGGAAACACAUUAAUUAGGGAAUGGCUAAGCAAAUUAUCCUAUAUGAGUGUAGUGAAAUGUUAUAGUGUAAUAAAAAAUAAUGAAUAUAAUUGACACAGAGAAGUGUGAGAAGACCUAUAUAAACUGAUGCAAACUGAAACAAGCAGAAUCAAUACAACAGUAUACGCACAUAACUAUAACAAUGUAAAUGAAAAGAAUAACAAAAAAUAAAAGUCAAAACUGAAACUAUAAUGACACAAAAUGAUAUAAGUUGACUUGUCUCCUUUCUCUUUUAAAGAGGUCAGGUAUUCUGUUAAAGAGGUAUUUUACAUCUUUAGAGAUGUAGAAUACUGCAUGUAGUAUCAGACAUUUUCAAUAAAUUGUUUAACUAUUUUUUCUUCUUUAUUAUGAGGGAGGGCUUUCUGAAAGAGGUUGGAGGAGGGAUAUUGUGGGGAAUAGAUGUAAAAAACAAAAGAGAGCAAUAAAAUGUUAUUUGAAAAUAAAUUUUCUCUUUAAAUUCAA